CCACCUCCGACGCCAAAGCUGCCUCUGCCAGCAGAGGCCAGAUACAGCCGCACGUUUGACCCGUGGAACUCGGCUUCAACAGGGCACCAGCGUGCCGAGACACGCGGGCCGCAUGGAUGGCGCGAGUCCCGCAACAAAAAGAUGAAUAGCCAGUUUCGAGCCGGCAACUCGGGCGGCGAACGCAUGGCGGACACUGUUGGCGUCGGGUCCGAAGAAUUUGACGAGCGCCUAGGCAUGUUCGUGCCCAAGGAGGUCCGCGCGCGAGCAUUGAACAGCGUGGCCGAUAUGCUACGUAAUCCAGGAAGCAUGCGGGCUGCGUCGAAGCCACCUGUCACAAGGCCCUCUGCCACAUCAUUUGUCUCUCAGCCUGCUCCGGUGCCGGAAGGGGGGCUCGGAAAUGCACAAAGUGACGAAGACGGGGGCGGUCUGACGGCUGAUGAGAAACUCACCGUCGAUCGCAAGGCGGAAGACGAGGCGCGCGAGGAGGAGAAGGCAAAGAGGGCGCGGGAGCGCAAGAUCUUUGAUGGGCUGGUCAUCUACGUCAACGGCAGCACCUAUCCGCUCGUGUCCGACCACAAGCUCAAGCAUAUGCUUUCGGAGCAUGGCGCGCGCAUGUCACUCCACCUCGGCCGCCGCCAAGUUACCCACGUCAUUUUGGGGAAGCCGUCCGGCCCGAACGGAGGCGCCGGCGGUGGGCUUGCGGGCGGCAAGCUGGAGAAGGAGAUCAAGCGGGUUGGCGGCUGUGGCAUCAAAUUUGUCGGUGUGGAAUGGGUGCUGGAGAGCAUCAAGGCCGGCAGGCGACUACCCGAAGCGCGGUUCGCCAACCUCAAAAUCGCCUCUCGGCGCCAGCAGAGUGUUCUCGGAGCCUUCUCG